CCUUAUAUAACAACACCCUUCACAAACAAACACUAACACAGACACACUCACUUUCUCUCUCUCUCUCUCUCUCACGCACACACUUUCCGUUGAACAGAGUCUUCUUCAAUGGCGACCCCGUCUUCUUCUGUGAAGCCCCUUCCUGUGCUGAAGGAUGAGCUUGACAUCGUGAUCCCCACCAUCCGCAACCUCGACUUCCUCGAGAUGUGGCGUCCCUUCUUUGAGCCCUACCACCUCAUCAUCGUGCAAGACGGUGACCCCAACAAAACCAUCAAGGUUCCUGAGGGCUUUGAUUAUGAGCUCUACAACCGCAACGAUAUCAACAGGAUCUUGGGUCCUAAAGCCUCCUGCAUCUCCUUCAAGGACUCUGCUUGUCGCUGCUUUGGGUACAUGGUGUCCAAGAAGAAGUACAUCUACACCAUCGAUGAUGACUGCUUCGUUGCUAAAGACCCCUCUGGAAAGGAUAUCAAUGCUCUUGAGCAGCACAUUAAGAAUCUCCUAUGUCCAUCCACUCCAUUUUUCUUCAAUACCCUCUAUGACCCUUACAGAGAAGGUGCUGAUUUCGUCCGUGGAUACCCUUUCAGUCUUCGUGAGGGUGCCCCCACUGCUGUUUCUCAUGGCUUGUGGCUCAACAUACCUGAUUAUGAUGCUCCUACACAGCUUGUUAAACCCCUUGAGAGGAACUCCAGGUAUGUUGAUGCUGUUCUCACCAUUCCUAAAGGAACAUUGUUCCCUAUGUGUGGCAUGAAUCUGGCCUUCGACCGUGAGCUCAUUGGACCUGCCAUGUACUUUGGACUCAUGGGUGAUGGUCAACCUAUUGGACGAUACGAUGAUAUGUGGGCUGGAUGGUGUGUUAAGGUUAUCUGUGACCACUUAGGUUUGGGAGUGAAAACUGGGUUACCAUACAUAUGGCACAGCAAAGCAAGCAACCCAUUUGUGAAUCUGAAAAAAGAGUACAAGGGCAUCUUCUGGCAAGAAGAGAUCAUUCCAUUUUUCCAAAGUGCCACCCUUCCAAAAGAGUGCACCUCUGUCCAAAAGUGCUACAUUGAACUCUCCAAGCAAGUCAAAGAGAAGCUUGGGGCCGUUGACCCCUACUUCAACAAGCUUGCAGAUGCCAUGGUCACUUGGAUUGAAGCUUGGGAUGAACUUAACAAUACUUCUGCACCAAAUUCUUCAGAACAAGCUAAUGGGGUUGCUGCCAAGUGAACCCUUUAUGGUUGAGGACUUUAGUUUUCAAGCGGAGUAGUUUCUUGUCAUUUUAAAUUUACUGUCAUCAUCGUUAUUAUAUUUGUUAUCAUUAUUAUAAUUAUUAUUUUUUCAUUAUGCAAGAUUAUAGACCAGUUUAUUAUUAUUAUUAUUAAUAUUAUUAAUGUCGUCAUUAUUACUAUUUAUUGUAUUUCAGUAUAAUUUUUCCUCUGCUUAGUGGAUGAGUUAUUCUAAUUUAGUGCCGAGUCUUGAAGGAUUGGAAUUUUGUAUCAUUAGUGAUUUGGUUGUUAGAAGAUGACAUCUAGCUGUGGGGAUGCUUUUGUUACA